CUUUUCUUACAAUUAUUUAUGCUGAACAUUUUAAAAAGCUACUGCAUCAUACUUAGUUUUAGCUUCAAUGCAGAGCUGAUUUGUGUGUGUGUUUUUUUUAACAUACAAUUUUUUUAUAAUUCAUUUUUGUUAAAAAAAAAAUGAUUAUGAAGAACACAGUGAAAUUGUUUUUGAUCGUUUUGUCGAGCUGUUCGGUGACCGUAGCAGAUGAACAUACACCUUCUGAACUGGUCGGCCAGGUACACCCAAAGGCACUGAGACAGUUCAUGGAGACACAAGACGAUCUGAAAGAAAUGUUAUCGCUGUACGACAUUUUCUAUACACGCAUCAAAGGCGGAAUUGUUUCGGCUGAUUACGAGCCCUUCUGUCGUUCGAUAAGCAAAUCGUUUACGUUUUUGUUCGACAAAUACUUUGGCGACGAGGACAAAUGGAACGCAGCAAAACGGCUGAUAACCGAAGAACACAACAAGUUGAUGAUUCCAGGUGAAAGCAUCGAAGAUUUAGUAUGGGUCGAGCGUGGCAAUUUCAAUAUCGACACGGUGCCAGAAGUAAAGGCGUUCCAGUAUCGUAGGAUCGAUUCGAAACUACCGCACGAGUUACUGGAAGCUGUUCAACCUCGGUUAAUUGUACAAUUCCUGGAGAAAAAACAGACAAGACAAGAACUGCUAACGUUGUAUACAAUUUAUUUGAAGUAUGCCGAAAAGGAUAGCGCCGAAUUCGGAAACUUUUGCCAACUCUUAAAGAACUCGUUUGAUUUCCUAUUCGAUAGAUAUUUCAGUAGCUUGUCAAAUAAACAGACGUGAUAUAAUACUGUAUAAUAUUACUGAUGGGUAUAAUAAAAAUUAAAAAAAAAUCAUGUUCACGCCUUCAUAAUAUUUAUGUGAGUCAAUGUAUUGUUUAUUUAUAUGAGUUUACUAUAACUAUUUAAUGUAUAAUUGUUCAUUUCG